CAUAUUUUACUCAAAGCCCGUGGGUGCCGGCCGCUUAUAGUGUAUGACAGCAGUCAUUCCGCGCGCACCCUCCUCGCAGCCACUGCGUGUCCUUUGACCUCUGUCGCUUUUAAAAUAGAGAAACGACCUUGUGGAGACUUCAGUCAUUUGCAGUUGUUGACUGAUAAGUUUUAGGCUACACUCAAAGAGUUACACACGUUGGGCUUGUGAGGUUAAAAAAUAAACGAAAUAAGUUUAUCCACACCAGUUGUGAAGUUUGUCACAUCCGGGACUGAAACUUGUCAUCACUUUUUCAUUUUGGACGCGACGAGCUUCUCCUGAGGGAAUUGAAGACGACACUUCGAUAGGUCCUCUUCCAUGUGCCUUACAAAUCCCAAGUGACGCCAGUUGAUCCAUAUCAACACGUUCUCCUGAUCUCUGCUGUCUCCAUCCACCAGUGGAGGGUGAUGAGGCUGGUGGGGAGCCUGCAGCUUGUUCUGCUUUUGGUCUUCAGCUCCACAGCCACAGGCCUCAACAUCCCUCUGGAAGUGGAGCAGCCACCAACCAUAAUUAAUAGCUCAUCUGGUCCCAUUAUUGCACUUCCUUUUGACAAGUCCAUUACCAUCCAGUGUGAAGCCAGGGGCAACCCACCACCAGAAUACAGAUGGACCAAAGAUGGCAAAGACUUCAUCCCUCCCCACGUCACGACAAACAGACAUCACCCAGUUGGUACAUUCGUGCUUCACAACAAGCAGGUUGUCGAGUUUCGUGGUACAUACCGAUGCUACUCUUCUAACAAGUUGGGAACUGCCAUGACGGAGGAGAUUGAACUUAGAGUUCCCAAUGUGCCCAAGUUUCCAAAAGAGGUCAAUUCCCCCCUCGUUGUUGAGGAGGGAGAUCCAAUCAUCCUGGAGUGUAACCCUCCAGAAGGAGUAGCCCCAGUUAAGAUCUACUGGAUGUCUAUUGGUCUUGAGCACAUUGAGCAGGAUGAGAGGGUUUCUGUGGGCACUGAUGGCAACCUGUACUUCGCUUAUGCAUUACUGAAAGACAGUCGUCAGGACUACUGUUGCUUUGCCUCCUUCACCAAAAUACGCACCAUCGUCCAGAAAACCGCCAUGGCUGUCAUUGUCAAGAGCUCGAAACCUGGCAAUGAAUCUGCUGACAGCGGGGAAGCCACAGCCGAACCCCCCGCUGUGAGGAUGCCCGGCCUGCUGCUGCCCUCUGGUGUUCAGACAGAGAAGGUGCUGCUGAGGGGAAAGCAUCUGGAGCUGGAGUGUAUUCCUCAUGGAUAUCCGACCCCGAAUGUAACAUGGAUGAAAAUGGGAGAAACGCUGCCUUCACGGACAAGUGAAGGCAAACAUGGAAAGCUGUUGUCCAUUUCCGCUGUAGAUGAGAGUGACGCUGGGAAAUACAUGUGUAAAGCCCAGAACUCUGUUGGAGAGGCUGUCCACUACUUUGAUGUAAUAGUGGAAGAGCCGCCAAAGUGGCUGUCAGAGCCUCCUCAGAGCCAGCUGACCGUGAUCGGGACUGAUGUUCACAUCAAGUGCUCGGUCAGUGGAAAACCAUCGCCGGACAUUACAUGGAGGAGGAAUGGACGACUGUUCAAAGACGACCCAGUGAACAACAGGCGAGUGCUCGAUGACACCGUGGUGCUCCACAACGCCAAAACAGAGGACAGCGCCGUCUACCAGUGUGAGGCCUCCAACAGCCACGGCAGUAUUCUGGCCAACAUUAACAUCAUGGUGAUGAAUAUGGCUCCUUUGAUACUGACAAGGGACUACCAAGAGUACGCUGUAGUAUUAGGAGGGGACAUCCUCCUGAACUGCAGUGUUUUCAGCUCUCCGCCCUCCAAAAUCUCCUGGGCCAGAGAUGACACGCCGAAAACCAUUGAUGGGAUACGCUUUUUCCCUCUAAACGAAUCUUUGCAAAUCAUCAGUGCAGACAAAAAAGACAGUGGGAGAUACGAGUGUGUUGCCUCUAACAGCGAGGGCAUGUCUGCUAUCACUGCUGUGCUGGAUGUUAAAGACCCUACACACAUAGUAUACCCACCUCAGGACGUGCAGGUCAUCAGUGGCACCACAGCCCAGCUGAUGUGCCAGGCAGAGUAUGAUAAAAGCCUGCAGAGCACCUUUGAGGUGGUAUGGAGGAAGGAUGGUGAAGAGAUCCCACUUUUGUCUGAAGAACAUUCCAGAUACUUUGCGGACUAUGGCAUGCUGCAGAUCAUGAGUGUGAACCUGAGUGAUCAGGGAGCGUACACGUGCGUUGCCAGAACCAGCCUCGAUGAGGACAAUGCCACUGCACUGCUCACCGUGCUGGAUGUUCCCGAUGCUCCCAAAAUUGUAGAGAUUUCAGAACUUCCGAGUCCGAGGAAUAUUAGCCUGUAUUGGAUACCCGGGAGUGAUCACAACAGCUCUGUGAUAGAGUUUAUAGUGGAGUACGAGGAGAGCCAAUGGGAGCCCGGAAGGUGGCGGGAGCUACAGAAAGUCCCCGGUAACCAGGCAACAGCGGAGCUGGCACUACAUGGUAACCUUAACUACCAGUUCAGAGUGUAUGCUGUUAAUGCUGUUGGACCUGGACCCCCCAGUGAGCCCACUGAGAGACACAAAACACCCCCUGCUGCUCCUGAAAAAAACCCAGAAAGCAUCAAAAUUCAAGGCCAUUCUCCUAAUCAAAUGGACAUUAGCUGGGAGCCGCUGUUGCCAAUUGAACACAAUGGCCCAGGCCUCGAGUACAGGGUGCGCUACAGAAAACUGGGGGUGGGAGAUGAAUGGAAGUUGCAUAUGGUCAACAGACACUCCUUUGUUGUGAGGAACACGUCCACGUUUGUCCCCUACGAGAUCGAAAUUCAGAGCAGGAACAGCCAUGGCUGGGGACCAGAACCUAAAAUCGUCACUGGUUACUCUGGAGAAGAUGUCCCGACCGCAGCACCACGGGACAUAGCGGUGGAGGUGAUCAACACAACUGUUUUGAGAGUUAGCUGGACCCCCGCCCCCGCCGCCACAGUGAGAGGUCAUCUCGGGGGCUACCAUGUUCACUGGGUGAGGAAACGAAGUUUGCUGAAUCCGAACAACAUUUUGGAUGAGCGCCAGUCCCUGUCUUUUCCCGGGAAGAGGACUCAUGCCAUCGUGCCGGGUCUCGAGCCUUUCUCCGAGUACAGACUCACUGUCAAUGUUUUCAACAAGAAGGGCAAUGGGCCCAACAGUGACCCGGUCACAUUCAACACUCCAGAGGGAGCUCCUGCACAAGUGCCAAUCCUGACUGCCUCCAACGCCCAGAUAGACUCCAUACUGCUGGUGUGGGGCCCGCCGCGGGAAGCCAACGGCAUCCUUACUGGUUAUCUCCUGCAGCACCACCUCAUUAAUGAGACCACACUGGAGGUAGUGGACUCCCAGGAGACCAAAAUCACUGGGGCUGACACCACCCAGUGGAAGCUCCAUGGCUUGGAGGGGGGGAGCCUCUACCGCUUCCUCCUCAGCGCCUGCACUGCAGCCGGCUGCGGCCCCCCGCUGACCCAGGAGAGCAGCACUGUAGCCCUAGAACGUGCUGUAGGUCAGAAGAGCAGUUUUUCCACCCAGGGCUGGUUCAUCGGGACCAUGUGUGCUGUGGCGCUCCUCACCCUCGUGGUACUCAUGGCCUGCUUUGUGCGACGGAACAGAGGUGGCAAGUAUGCAGGUACGCCGCCUCCGACCCAGAGACAAGAAAUGUUCUCCAUGGAAAAAGUGAAAGAGAAGGAGGACCUCCACCCGGACCCGGAGUCGAAAGGAUUGAAUGAGGACAGCUUUGGUGACUACAGUGACAGCGAAGAGAAGCCACUGAAGGGCAGUAGCGUGUGUUCCCUGAAUGGCGCGAUGGGGGACGGCGUCAGCAGAGACAGCAUGGUCGACUAUGCCGACGGCGGACGAGAAUUCAACGAGGACGGUUCAUUUAUCGGAGAAUAUUCCGAUCGCAGGCACGGAGGCUCUGUUAGCGAGCCCAGUGGACCCAGACCAGUCACUGCAUAAAGCCAGGCUCCAAAUGCAACGGUCUACUUCAAAUCCUUUCAAGAUACUUUUCAAAUUCAGCUUCCCUGGCAUCAAAUAUAGCUAGAGUAUUUAAAUACGGGGGAAUAAAAAUUACUCAAAUGUGCAGAAGUUUGGCUCAGGGACUGGAAAAGGAAAAAUACACCCACCAUACAGAUCAAAUCAAGAGUUGUUGUAUAUACUGUAAGAGAAUUAACUGUAUCUUUUGAGUUUUUCAAGAUUAUUAAAGUGUUUUUUGUACCGAUCA